UUCCCGGAGCUGGUGGCGGGGCUUGGCGUCUCGCUCCUCUCCUUCCCCCCGUUCACCCGGCCUUCCGAGGGGCACCUGCGCAGGAGUCUGAAAAAUCCUUUUGCAGAGGUCUAGGAUGGAGACUGAAGGGUAUCCAGAGAUGCAAAGAGAUGGAGAAGUCCAGAAUGAUGAAAUAAGGUCACCACCAAAUGAGAUGGCUGAGGAGCCAGAAGGCAUCCUGGUAGCGCCGCCCCAGGUCCAGGUCCCAGCAGAGAGCCCGGAUGAAGACUCUGAAGACGACCUGGAGACCGUGCCCCUAAGGAGGCCUCUCAACCCUGCAGCCUCCAGGCAGAGGUUCCGGGAGUUCCGCUAUGAAGAUGCAGCUGGGCCCAGGGAUGUCCUGAGACAUCUCCAGGAGCUUGCCGGACAGUGGCUGCGACCUGAUAUUCACACGAAGGAGCAGAUUGUGGAAAUGCUGGUGCAGGAGCAAUUCCAGGCCGUCCUCCCUGAGGAGCUCAGAGCUUGGGCACUGAGGUGUCAGCCUGGGGUCAGAAUCACUGGCUAAAAUCUCACUGCUUCUUUUUCAGCCUACAUAUGAGAA